CGCAGUAAGUUGGCAGGAGCCGGUCCGUUCCGUUCGCCUCCCCCGCACCUUUUGAACUUGUUGCUGCCGCUGCUCUGCCGGCCUGCGUCCGGCUUUGGGAAGGUGAACAGGAGGAGGGAAGCUGGGCAGGAUGGGGGAAGGGGCAGCUGAGCUCGCUUGAGCUUCAUUGAUGCUCCCCGGGCGCCCGGAUUCGGCGGUGGGCGAGCUGCUCCGCCUGCUUCUCCCUUUCCCGGUGCUCGGCGAGGAGAAAGUCUCUAUGCAACUCAGCCCGGGUGCACGCUCGGCCAGGGACGGACCGCGGGCGAGGCGCGUUCUGGGUGCAGACAGAUGCUGCUGCCGCCCAGGCGGUGGCGGCUGCCAGCUCCCGGGCUCUGGAUCUGUCACCCUGCACCUGAGCUGAACUUGAACAGAGAGUGAAGGGGCGACUGGACGAACGCUCCGGGCAGACACGAGGGGUGCUUGCGGAUCAGGGCAGGCGGAUCUCUAACGGACGCCCCCACCGCGCCCGCCCCGCAGCGCUCCCGCCUCUAUAAAUACAGCCCGAGGGACAGGUGGCCCCCGGACUCCCCAAGAGACCUGGGGCAGUGGCGGUGAUCGCAUCUGGGAAGCUACAACAGGUCGCCUUUUUGAGACUCCGUUGGCGGGAAGGGCCACUUGAAAAAGGAAGGUUGGAAAGAGCCAAAGGGGAGGUGGGAAGCGUUCCUGGAUUCGUGGAAAGAAUACCAGUGAGCGACUGUCCUUGGUUUUCUCUACCCUACUACACAAAGCAAACCAACCCCACGCUCUCCGCGUGUCAGAGGAGAAAGCAAAGACACCUGUUUGAAGAAAUCGCUGCGUUCAGAGCCACCUGUGUACUUAUUUGUGCCUGGAGUGGCCUCGUCCACCUGCCGGGAAAGGUCUGGGCGUGAUUGCUAGGACCCUGUAUUUUGCAAAUAGCUGUCUUGGAGGGCAACUUGCCCUCCUGAAAACUGUGACUUCACCAGGAGCCCCACCGAGGAACAGGAGUGAUACCCCUGGGCCGCCUUCCUCUGGAGCAUUUCCUUGACCAGAGGGAGUGGGUGGUUGGGGCUACUUUGAUCUACUGUCCAGGCCCGAUUGCCCGUCUGGCCUGCACGUCCAGGCACCAUGGCUGCGGGGGUAGCGGCAUGGCUGCCCUUUGCCAGGGCAGCGGCCAUCGGGUGGAUGCCCGUGGCCUCGGGCCCCAUGCCAGCUCCCCCGAGGCAGGAGAGAAAAAGGACCCAGGACGCUCUGAUCGUGCUGAACGUGAGUGGCACCCGUUUCCAGACGUGGCAGGACACCCUGGAGCGGUACCCGGACACCCUGCUGGGCAGUUCUGAGAGGGACUUCUUCUACCAUCCGGAGACCCAGCAGUAUUUUUUUGACCGGGACCCGGACAUCUUCCGCCACAUCCUGAACUUCUACCGCACGGGCAAGCUCCACUAUCCUCGCCACGAGUGCAUCUCCGCCUACGAUGAAGAGCUGGCCUUCUUCGGCCUCAUCCCCGAGAUCAUCGGCGACUGCUGCUACGAGGAGUACAAGGACCGCCGGCGGGAGAACGCCGAGCGCCUGCAGGACGACGCCGACUCGGACAGCACCGGCGAGAACGCGCUGCCCACCAUGACGGCCCGGCAGAAGGUCUGGCGGGCCUUCGAGAACCCCCACACCAGCACGAUGGCCCUGGUGUUCUACUAUGUCACCGGCUUCUUCAUCGCCGUCUCGGUCAUCGCUAACGUGGUGGAGACGGUGCCCUGUGGGUCCAGCCCGGGGCACAUCAAGGAGCUGCCCUGCGGGGAGCGGUACGCCGUGGCCUUCUUCUGCUUGGACACGGCCUGCGUCAUGAUCUUCACGGUGGAGUACCUGCUGCGCCUGGCCGCGGCCCCCAGUCGCUACCGCUUCGUCCGCAGCGUCAUGAGCAUCAUCGACGUGGUGGCCAUCCUGCCUUAUUACAUCGGGCUGGUCAUGACAGACAAUGAGGACGUGAGCGGGGCCUUUGUCACCCUCCGCGUCUUCCGCGUCUUCCGGAUCUUUAAGUUUUCCCGCCACUCGCAAGGCCUGCGCAUCCUGGGCUACACCCUGAAGAGCUGCGCCUCCGAACUGGGCUUCUUGCUCUUCUCGCUCACCAUGGCUAUCAUCAUUUUCGCCACCGUGAUGUUCUACGCCGAGAAGGGGUCUUCCGCCACCAAGUUCACCAGCAUUCCUGCGGCCUUCUGGUAUACCAUUGUCACCAUGACAACACUAGGGUAUGGUGACAUGGUGCCAAAAACCAUAGCAGGGAAGAUUUUUGGAUCCAUCUGCUCGUUGAGUGGGGUCUUGGUCAUUGCUCUACCCGUUCCAGUGAUUGUAUCCAACUUCAGUCGGAUCUACCACCAAAAUCAACGCGCAGACAAAAGGAGGGCACAAAAGAAAGCCAGACUCGCCAGGAUACGGGCAGCCAAAAGCGGAAGUGCAAAUGCUUACAUGCAAAGUAAACGGAAUGGUUUGCUCAGUAAUCAACUGCAGUCCUCUGAGGAUGAGCAGGCCUUUGUCAGCAAAUACAGCUCCAGCUUUGAAAGCCAGCACCACCACCUGCUUCACUGCUUGGAAAAGACCACGAAUCACGAGUUUGUGGAUGAACAAGUGUUUGAAGAAAGCUGCAUGGAGGUUUCGACUGUUAAUCGUCCUUCAAGUCAUAGUCCUUCUCUCUCUUCACAACAAGGAGUCACCGGCACUUGCUGUUCACGACGACACAAAAAAACUUUCCGCAUCCCAAGUGCCAAUGUAUCAGGAAGCCAUCGAGGCAGUGUGCAAGAGCUCAGUACGAUUCAGAUCAGAUGUGUGGAGAGAAACCCGCUAUCUAACAGCCGAUCCAGUUUAAAUGCCAAAAUGGAAGAAUGUGUUAAACUAAACUGUGAACAACCUUAUGUGACUACAGCAAUAAUAAGCAUCCCAACACCUCCAGUAACCACUCCCGAAGGCGAUGACAGGCCAGAGUCUCCCGAGUACUCAGGCGGAAACAUUGUCAGAGUGUCUGCUUUGUAGACAGUUGGAAUCAGCUCCAGGGGAAGUUGAGCCCUGGCUGUGGAGAGAAUUCCAAUGCGGAAGAAAGAAGACAAGGUACACGUUUUGCAGCUGAAAACGGCGAAGCAAGGAGGUUGGUAGUGACACAAAAACAAAGCCUCCAAACCAGAGGAUGGAAAUAAAACCACCAAAUGGCAUUUCUGUAGAGUUUGACCUGUUGUACCGAGGAAGAGCCUGUGGUCCUUUGGCUUUGUGAAUGAGCACAAUGAAAUGCCGCCCAUUGAUGCUUCUUAUGACCAGAACUCUUUUAUAAUAAAAUAAAAUAAAUCUUUGAACCUAAUGUUUCAGUUGAAUGCAAAACAAAAAAAAAAUAUGGAAAACAUUUUGAUAAAAAUAUUUCCUGUUAAAACCAUGAACAUUGGCUAUGAUGAAGAUUAUUGCAUAUUGAAAAAUUCACGCAACACAUUUGUAUUAACUGAAGGAAACCAUCAUAAUGCAUGCUAGGAUUCUUUGGAGUAGUGAUCUCAGUUUCCUUAUGUUGUCUUCAGAAUAGGCAUGAUAAACUAUAAAUGUAGAGAGGGGGAAUUUCUGUGCACUUACUACAAGCUGGAUGCUCAUGUCCCGUGGUGGGCUGUGCAAAUAAACUCCUAUUGGAACUGCAGCAUUGCUCACGGGGAUGCUCCAUAAUAAAUCUAAAGUGUGCAGACAGUGCGGUAUUAUAAUUUUACCUUGCACCUAGAUACUGUUACAACUGCAAUAAUUCAUAAUACACCUGUUGUAUCAGGAAUCGGGAUUUUUGUUGUGAGACUUUCCAGAUUUUCAUAAAUUCUGUAAGAGCCACAUUCAUAGGAAAACGUCUAGUGUGGCCAGGUUUUAGAUAACUUUUUAAUCCCAAACUCUUGUGUCAUACAUGUUUCUCAGCAAUAUUCUUUGAUCCACCUUGUCCCCAUGACAGUGCAUUUCUUGUUCCUGUGCUAACGUUUCUUUUGGGUUUAUUGUCAUCAACUGGACUAACGUUUUGUAGUUCAAUGGACUUUCCUACUUUUGUAUUCCCCAGCAAAUCAUCUUGUAAGUCUAUUAUCAUCAACAAUCCUCUCGUCAAAAAUUAGCAAAAAGGAGUUCACAUCCAUGAAUUAUUUCUAACCUCUUUGCUGUCAUGGAAAAGCCCAAUUAUUGGAUAUACCACUGUAUGUUUUAUACAAGGAGUUGGCUGGGACUAUUAUCACCGGAUCAAUGAUCCCAGAAUCUCACUUGAUGUAUUAUUUAUUUUGCUUUAGAUCUAGAAUAAAUUUUGAGAAUAACUCAUGUGAAUUGAAAUGCAGAGAUAAACUGAAGUGCUUUAUGUAACAAUUUUUGAUGAAAAGCACGCUUUCUAUGCCCCUGGAAAGGCAACCCAAGUUUAUCUCAGAAAGGUUCCUGUAUAAGGCAAGGAGUCAUUUUCUCCACUAAUUCAGGAGGGCAGGAGUUUGAUGAUGCAAAGUUGAUCUCUAUGUACAUUUCAGUAAAAAGUCUCGAUACUUUUUCACCUUUAAAAUAUAUCAGCAGACCUGUCUGCACGUGACAGUGUAAAAAUGUUUUAUGUCAAAUGAAAAGUUUUGUUCAUUUCAAACCACCAGUGUUAAGGAAUAAAGCUUAGCUUCCAUACAUGGAAAGAAUUAAUAAUUAUCCCUCUACUGUAGAGAUUUUUAAAUGCUUAUCAUAAUUUAUCAUAAAAAGGAAUUAAUCCAACUAUUUUGAGUGAAGCCAGAGGUUCUUGCUUCCCAUUUCUAGAACUGCUUCUAGAAUAAUGCUGUGCACACGGUAGAUUUUAAUAAGCAUUUGCUGAGUGAAAUGAAGACAAACUUCUCUCUCUCUCUCGGGAAGAAUUGCCUUUAUUUCUAGAAUGUCUUUUAAAAAGCUACUAACCUUCCUGGAGUGUGAAUACUAACGAUUAUAUUAACACCUGCCUCAUGCCACUUUAUGCUUCUAGAGCAAAUAUAUAGUGACACUUCUUUGAUGGCAUUUGUUGAAAAUCUUUUUAAAAAGUAGACUAAAGAAACCACCAUCGAGAAUACAUAGGUCUUUUGAUUCCCAACGAGAAGUUCUAUUUUCGUGUUCUGAAUGUUACAUUUAAAAAAUGCAGUUAAGUUCGAUUAUUUCAGUUAACAAUUCUGCCUCCUUUUCAGCUUAUCAUUUAUCCCAAACUAUUACUUUGUUUAGACUUUCUGGAAAAGAAAAAGAAACUUUUUGGUGUUUCAGGUGAUUUAAAAAUAUACUGUGCCGGUGGUGAAUGACUCUUGAUGACUGUGUUAAGUGCAUCUGUAUUGUAAGUGAAAUGUAAUUAUUUCUGUGUGCCAUAUGGAGUAACCAAGGCCAUUGUUUUGGGCAAUUUGGUUUGAAACUCAUAUGUCUUUAUUUUAAAGGGUAGCCUAAUAUCUGCAUUAUGCUGGAAAAGUAGACCUUUGGAGAAUACUUAAAUAAAACAUGUGCAUGCUUGAACAGGA